AAGCACCUUUUGAUAGUUGAGUCAAUUAGCUCAAGCUCAAGGUCUUCGUUUCCUUGGGUUUUGGUUGCUUCAAUGCCUAAAUUGUUUCUUACAUACACAUUACUGGAGUGCUUCCAAUAGUUAAACCUUUUCUUUCUAUGGAGCUACAUUUUAUGCUCUUAACUAGCAUAUUUCUUCUUUCUUUCAUUUUACUUGUUGCAGAUGCAUGGAUUUAUGCUCAUGAAGAGGUUGAAGAUGGGGAAGUUGGUGAUAAUGUUGAUGAUGUUAAUUUCAAUGGUGAAGAGAGAUUCUAAUGGUAAAGUUAGUGGGAAAAUGGGGAUGGUUUUCGAUUUGUGGGGCGAAGACAAGUUUGAAGAUGCCAUCAAGUUUUCUUUCUAUGAACCUACCAAAAAUUGUUAUGGAAAGAAACUUCAGUUGACAGCAAAGAAGCACAAAUAGUGAAAGAACCCUUCAAUGCCUUCACCUCUUCCCCCUGAACCAGUUGCUCUCAACUAUGUUUGUGAUGAUGCAAUUCAUGAUAUCUCUUGCUACAGUUACUAGACCCACUAAGAAUGUUCAAAUUAUCUUGGGAAUUGCAAAGCAAAGAUAGGGGGAUUGGUCAUGGAAGUUGAAUUUAAUCAGCAGUAGGAGGUAUAUCAAGGAGACUAAAUUGACACGUAGACUUUUACAAUUUUCACUCAUGUUUUCUUUGGAACAUACGGCACAGGAAGUGAAGCAAAAUAGAGGCUUUAGCAAGAGAUCGACCACCAUUUGCCUCAGUUGUUCAUAAUGAUAUACUGAUUUAUCUAGAAAAGUUGAUGUACAUUACCUUUUCAUUAUUCUUAGGAUUGGUUGUGCUUUUUCUGGAAUGUCACAGCUGCUACUGUAGCAUACAUCAAAGGGGAUGGAUGGAAGCCAGGCGGUAAUGAGACUGCUUCGGUGAAUACCUAUCCAAUCCAAGAAGCAUCAUACUGGGGAAUUGGAUCUGGUCUUGCCAUCAUGGAGAUAGUUUGCAACAUCUUACAAAAACGAAAGAUCAACCACCAUAGUUUUGAAAGUUACACAAUUGUCAGAAAAUUAGAAAGAUGCUCAUAUCUGUUUAUGGUGAAUGGAAGGGCAAACUCUUGACAAGGAAUAGAGAUCUUAUCUUGAAAAUUUUAUUGAUUGUUUUCACUGGUGCUUACUUACCGGGACUAAAUGAUACGUGGAAUGAUAUUUUUGUAUGCAUAUUUGUUGAACGGUUGUGAAAAUCUUGGUGAUCUGAACUCCACCUUGGAAAUUAAGAAGGCUUGCAACCAUCCAAAUCUGCCGCCCCUUGUAAUUUAUUAGGCCUAGUUAAUUUGGUUAAUUUGCGUCAAACUUCAAUUUUUUCUUCAAAAGCCUAAAGGUGCAUCAUCUUCGAUCUUCAUUUUUUUAAUUAGUUCUCUUUAAAGUAUAUAUAAACACAAUGAAAAUAUCAAAGUUUU